UUAAACGUACUUAGAAGGAAGUAAUAAAUGAUAAAUCGAUUUUAUAUAAAAUUCGUAAAGUUGGAAUUGAUAGUUAUUUUAUUUUAAUCGUCAACAUGCGCGCUCUGUUGAAAUUAUCUGUUAUUGUUUGUGUCGCAACUGCAGCCUUUGGCUUCAGUUUGUCACCCACAGAUGUCGUUUUUCAUUUCUUCAGCAGGUCUAAUCCUACAGUAAGCCAGCCGUUGUUGCCCAACAUAAAUUCAAUUAUGACAUCUGAUAUCGACAUAAAUAAACCAGUCGUUAUUACUAUACAUAACUAUGUAGAAAAUUCGGCGGUAAAUUUUAAUGCAUUCGUUGUUUCAGCUCACUUGAAUACUAGUGAUGAAAACAUUAUCGCGGUCGAUUGGAGUGCUGGCGCUCAAUUGUAUACCCAAGGCCUUGGCAACGCUCCUCAGUGUGGUGCGGUAGUGGCAUCCUUCGUGAACAUCUUGAUCCAGGAUUUGGGAUUCAAUACUGCACUUUUGCGUAUUAUUGGCGUGGGCCUUGGUGCUCAUGUAGCGGGUAUAGCUGCAAGAAAAAUUAACGGGCCUGUACCCCAUAUUACAGCUUUGGAUCCGUCCUUCUUUGGCUGGUCUCAUCACCCCGAUAUUCUGAAUCCUGAUGACGCCGAAGUUGUUGAGGUUCUGCACACAACGUCCGGCAACUACGGUUAUGACUUGCCGUUAGGUGACAUCGACUUCUACCCCAACGGUGGUGCUCACCAGGCCGGUUGCGGUAGCGAUCUAUCUUGCUCCCAUCAACUCUCUUACGUCUUUUACGCUGAGUCAAUCACAAGUGAAGUGUCUAACGGUAACGAGUUCGUUGGCACAGCUUGCGAAGAUUACGAAAGCGCUGUCGCUUCGUCUUGUGAGGGCGAGAGAAACGCCAUUUUUGGUGGAAGAAGAGAUAAAGCGGGUGUAUCCGGCGUUUACAACUUCCUUACAAAUCCUACCGCGCCUUUUGCCAGAGGUUAAAUAGCAUUGCGUCCAGCAUUAUUUAAAAAUUUUGAUGUGUCUAAUAAAAAUGUAUAUUUAUAAUAAGUAUAGAUUAAAUAAAUUAUAAGAUUAUUAUUAUUAAAACAUAUUUAAACAUUUUAAA